CUCCGCCUCCCAGCCGGCCUUGCGCAGAAACAGGAAGUGGGAUCGGUAGCCUAGGUGUCAGGCUACUCCCAGGUCGGGACGAGGACCGAAGCGCGCGUGCCCUCGCCUCGAACCCCUGCAGCUGCCGAGCGCUGACGCCUCUCGAGAAAAGUCGUAAGGCCAUGUCCAAUAUGGAGAAACACCUAUUUAACCUGAAGUUUGCUGCCAAAGAACUUAAUAGGAAUGCCAAGAAAUGCGAUAAAGAAGAAAAGGCUGAAAAGGCCAAGAUUAAAAAGGCCAUUCAGAAAGGCAAUACAGAAGUUGCAAGGAUACAUGCUGAAAAUGCAAUCCGCCAGAAGAACCAGGCAAUUAAUUUCUUGAGAAUGAGUGCUAGGGUGGAUGCGGUGGCAGCCAGAGUUCAAAGUGCAGUAACAAUGGGCAAGGUAACCAAGUCCAUGGCUGGUGUGGUUAAGUCUAUGGAUGCUACAUUGAGGAGUAUGAACCUUGAGAAGAUUUCUGCCCUGAUGGAUAAAUUUGAACACCAGUUUGAAACACUGGAUGUCCAAACACAACAAAUGGAAGACACAAUGAGUAGCACUACAACCCUAACAACACCACAAAACCAAGUGGAUAUGCUGCUUCAAGAAAUGGCAGAUGAAGCUGGCCUUGACCUCAACAUGGAACUACCACAGGGUCAGACGGGAUCUGUUGGCACCAGUGUUGCUUCCACAGAACAGGAUGAACUCUCACAGAGACUUGCUCGUCUACGUGAUCAAGUAUAAUUUAAAGAACUGGUGCUUUUGUUUACUUCACCUGCCUCUGUUUCGUGUGUGUACAUAGAUAAGUUGCACUCCAGUUACACUACGAACACUAUAUGUUACAGAAUGCUUGAACACUAUUUAUAUAGAAUGCUUUCUUUUGCCAUGCUUCACUUUCCAGUACUUUAAGAAAUUCCAGAGUGUUCCAACCUUGACAGAUUUUACAGUUUGUAUAUUAUGUUGAACCAAGCUGUCAUUAGUUCAUUGUACAUGAAACAUCGUCCUCAAAAUUUGCAUCAAAAAUCUAGCAACCAAGCACUACAGAAGAAAGUAUAGAUUAAAGGUUUUAGUUUCUUUUUAAUUCAGAGUUGCUUUAAGUCUGCACUCUCACAUGAUGCGUUAAAAUGAAAGCAGGGGAUAGCCAAAAACACCUCAUUUAGUGUCAUACAGUGGACAAUGUUAUUGUUUAUGUUUUAUGUUUUGUAUGUGUUUUUGCUGUUUAAGCACAAAUCCAUUAACUUUUAUUUUGGAUUCAUCAACUUUUAAAAGUAGAUGAUCAUCAUUGGAAUUUUUACCCAGUUAUUUAAUGAGUCUUAUUUGAAUUCCUGAAAUUUAAAAAAAAUCAUUGAUAAUUUUUCAUUGUAACUAGAAAAGCUCUACAAUCAUGGUUUGCUCAGUUUUAAAAUUUUUUCUUUGCUAACUAUCACUGUUGUUCAGACUUGGUGAAAUUUAACCUUUCAUACUGUCAAAUAAAACUGAAACACAUUUUAAAUGAUUCUUCUAUUUCUACUGUACUCUUAGUACACUGUAUUUUAAAAGAUUAAUUUAUGUGGUCUUAAUGUCAUUUACAUUUUCCAUAAGCUUGUUGAUUGUUUUCUGAGAAUCUUAGCCUAUAUUUUUAAAGCAGCCAACAAAACACAACAAAGAAAACAAAACUUAACUCAAGUUAUAACUACCACGAGCCCUGGUUAAACGUGUUUGUCCUUUUGUCUCAAAAGCAAAAACUGUUGUAAUAACUGGAAGAAAUGAAGUCUAAAUAAAUGUUAGGAUAAAAUGUUUUGCCUAGCCAUGCGAAUCACUUCCAGACCAAUGGAAGUUGUUGUACCGCACGGGGGCGGGGGUGCAGAAAGGUUCCAAGCUCCAAAAGAGACCAGAGUCUGUAAGGUCAGGCCAGGCUGUGGAAGGCCAGGAUCCUUGGGGAAAAGUGUCAGAUGGCCAAGUGUACUACUUUCCGUCUUCCCAGAAAUAUCUCCAUUUUACCCACCUAAAAUGAACAAAUGUCUACAGUUUUCUGCUGUAGCAGUCUCAAAUGUGGAGAAGUGACCAAGUUAUAUUUUAGCUAGUACGCCAAUAACCUACAUCAAGUAGGUAGGGUGUUUUCCAUUACUUACUGCAUGAUUGUUCCAUGAAGGAAUUUUAAUAUUUCAUUCAGUUCUUUUUUUUUCAAGUUAUUUAAAAAUGCAUCUCGUUUAGUUCUAUUGAAGAGCAGAUCUGUUUAGAAAAUCUUACCCAUUGUUAAAUCAUGAAGGCAUUCAAAGUGCAAUUAUGGAGACUUUUUUGCUAAGUAUUUCCCAUUCAUAUAUGUUUCCUAUGAUAAAGGAGAGUGUGCAUAAAUGAAGAUUAUUUUCACUGGUUAAUGAAAU